UCCGUGGGACUGGCCGUGCCCCGCCGGGCUCCCCCCGCCCGUGCUCAUUUCCUGGGUGGAGCUGGGCUAGGCAGAGGCAAAAGCCUUUAAAACCCUCCAGCCCCAGCUCGCGGGAGCCAGCGGGUCCCAGCAAGCGCCGAGGAGCCGAGCGGGUGGAAUCCGUCCGGCGGGCCUGGCCACUGGCCAGCCCGACGUUUCGAUGAGCCUUGCGGGCCGGACGCCAGGCUGAGCCCCGGAGCGGCUCCGUCGUGCCCGAGGAGCGGGCCUGUGCGUGGCCCAUGGACCUGGCCGGUGGCCGGCGACGUCGCUGGGGUUCCCUCCGGCCGCUGCGGGCCGGGAUCCCCGGGGGCAGGAGCUAGGCUGACUUCCCCGCCCCAGCCUUAGGCAGGCAGCUGCUUGUGGCCGCGGGGGCCCCCUGCCCGCCAUGGGGCCGCUCUUCCUCUUCCUGCUGGCCCUGGCGCGGCCCUGGGCGAGCCAGGCCCUGUCCACCUGCAAGACCGUCGACAUGGAGCUGGUGAAACGGAAGCGGAUCGAGGCCAUCCGCGGGCAGAUCCUCAGCAAGCUGCGGCUGGACAGCCCGCCCCAGGUGAGGGGGGGGGACGCCGCCCUGCUCCGCCUGCCCGAGGAGGUGAUGUCGCUCUAUAACAGUACCCGCGACAUGGCGCAGGACAUGGCCCGCCAGCAGGAGGUGGCGAAGCCACGCGAGAGCCCCCAGGACGAGUACUACGCCAAGGAGGUGCACAAGUUCUCCAUGCUGUCCGUGAAAGAUGCCAGCUACGGGCCCUGGGAGAAGACCAAGCAAAGCAUCUUCUUCCUGUUCAAUGCCUCGCAGGUGCGGGCGCAGAUCAGCAGCGAGGCCCUGCUGCACCGGGCCGAGCUGCGCAUGCUGCAGAAGCCAGGCGCGGGGCAGCGGGUGGAGCUGUACCAGCACUACGGGAACGGGUCCUGGCGCUACCUGGACAGUCGCGCCGUGGGGUGGGCGCCGGAGGAGGAGUGGCUGGCCUUCGACGUCACCGAGGUGGUUCGCCAGUGGCUGAGUGGCCAAGAGGUUCUGGAGCUCUUUAAACUCCGUGCUCACUGCUCCUGUGAGGAAGCCUGCGAGGACCUGAAAGUGAUCAUAGACGGCUUCGACAAGAAGCGGGGUGACCUGAGCACCGUCUCCUCCACGGCCCAGAAGCUGCCGUAUGUGCUGGUGAUGUCCACGCCCCUGGAGCGCGCCAGCCACCUGCAGAGCUCGCGCCAUCGCCGGGCGCUGGACACCGACUACUGCUUUGGGGCGGAGGAGAAGAAUUGCUGCGUGCGGCCUCUCUUCAUCGACUUCCGCAAGGACCUGCAGUGGAAGUGGAUCCACGAGCCCAAGGGCUACAUGGCCAACUUCUGCAUGGGCCCCUGCCCCUACAUCUGGAGCUCCGACACCCAGUACAGCAAGGUCCUGGCCUUGUACAACCAGCACAACCCGGGCGCCUCGGCUGCGCCCUGCUGCGUCCCCCAGGCCCUGGCACCUCUGCCCAUCGUCUACUACGUGGGGCGGAAGCCCAAGGUGGAGCAGCUCUCCAACAUGAUCGUCAGUUCCUGCAAGUGCAGCUGAUCGCCCAGGACACACGGACUCACUCCCCCUCCCCCAAGACCGGGGGGGGGGCGUUAAACAGGGGGGUUGGGACGCGUUGGAGUUUUUAUUUUUAUUAUUAAUUUUUUUUGUAAAUUUCCUCGGUGUUUUUGGGUUCAGAUUUUGAAUUAUUUGUAAUUUAAAGAAGAAGAAGAAGAGAAUUAUUUAACGAG